AUGAGAAUCUUCAUUGCCUUUGAGGAGUCUCGUGAGUUGUUUGACAUCGCUCCUGAUGACACAGUGGCGGCUAUAAAACAGAUGGUCAAGGCGUGCUUCAGUGUGCAGCUGUAUGAUGAUAAACAGGUAAAGCGGAUCAUGGAGCUGAAGUUCGCUGGUGCUGUCCUGCAGGAUGACUGGUGUCUGGCAGAUGUGGGCAUCUCCUCAGGUACAACCAUCUGCUGCCAGCUGAAGCUACUGCCACAAGGUGGCAAGAUGUCCUUGAAUGAAAAAACAGAAGUUGAGAAGUUUGAUACAAAGUAUCAUGCAUUGCAGGAGGUCAGAAAGGCUGUGCUCCAUGUGUUCAGUGCUGUGACGAAGCAGACCCUGCCUAUCAUGGGAACAGCAUGUCUGCUGGCUUCCUCCGUCUCCAAACUUAGAUCCUUGGUGUCCUUGCUGCUUGGGCUGCCAAUCAGUGCUUUCACAUUGUCGACCCAAAGUGGGGCUGAGCUUUAUGACUGUAAUCUGCUUUCACACUAUGCUGUUCAAGCUGGAGAUACCCUUUGUCUGGACACUUGGAAUGGCUGGACGGAGCUCUUGAAAGACUCUUUGGAAGGACACAAGAACAAAGUCCAAUGUCAUUUCUCUGAGGAUAAACCAAUUCUAAGGUUUCAGAAACGUUUGGCUCUUUAUGUUGCUGCUGCUCAUGGACACCUUGAAAUGGCCACUUGGCUACUAGAUAAUGGCGUGCAAGCUCACGAGCCUGUGGGUGUUCACCCUUCCCGUGUGUGGUGCUAUGAAACAGACCACCCCGAAUCCUUAAAAUGCCCUGUACAUGCUGCUGUAGAGGCUGGCCAACUUCUCAUUCUGAAGAUGUUCCUCAGCAGGAACAUAUUAAACCUAGCCUGUCGAGAUACCAGUAACCGAAACCUGCUUCAGAUUGCUAUAGUACAUCAACACAAAAAAUGUGUAUCUCACCUUGUGUCCAAACUCUACACUAGGGUCACAUUUCGUGGUUUCGCUCUGUCAACAUGGAUCUAUGUUCAGAUCAAGAUAUGGAUCAUCAAGGCUAAAAGAGGACUUCUUAAGACAUCUGUCACAGCAAAUAGUGGUCCGUUCAGAAGCAGAGUGGAAGACACUUUACUAAUUGAUGGCUUUUCCUUGUCCAGGAUGUCCUCAGUGCUCAGGGGUUCUGUGUUCAAAGGAUGCACGAGGGUCAACAAGUCAUCCUGUGAGUUUCAGGCUCUGACAUCACAGCUCACAGACUUAUCCUGUCCAUGUCAUCACCCUGCUGUCCUAUCAUCCCAGAAUGCAUCAGAGCGACUACCGCAGCUGCUUCCUCUUGCCCCAAACAAAAGGAGAGGGAAAAAGACUAAGGGGAAUAAGGGAUGUGGCAGGAAAAAGCCAAAGGAAAUCCUGGUGGCUGAAAAUACUGAUCACAAACUGGAUGAAUGGAGCAGCAAAGUUCCCCUGCCCCACACAGUUCAAGAUACUGGUCCCAGACCUCUCUUUAUUCAUAGUAAUCCUAAAUCAGAAAAAAUAUUCUGCUCCUCAUUAGAGUCCUUCACACACCUUUGUGGACGCACUCCAAGACAGAAUGCAAUAUACUGCUUGGCUACUGCCAGUGCCUUUGUUGAGAAGCCCUGGCUACAGCAGUUAGCUGUUGCGCAAACCCUGGCCCGAAGAAGCAUCCAAAAAUUCUGCAAAGUUAACUAAGAAUGCACAUUUAUCUGGGAAACAACAGGAAGACACACUGAAGGCAGUGAUGGAUGUUUGAAUGUGACUUAGGAAUUGAGCUACUUUUAUAACCUGAAAAUACAAAUGUAUUUUUAGAUUGUAGCUACUGUACAUUGUCCUGUAUCAGUGUACUACAACCAACAAUCUCAGAAUAUACUGAGGCAACUUUUUAAACAUUAAAAUGAAAUUAGUGAUUUACUAUAGGGUUUUAUGGGUGUAUACAAAAUACAUUGAACUAAACAUUAGGAAAAUAUGUUGCUGACAGAAUUUCGGCUAUAAUAACAGACAAAUAAUAAAUAAUAUGGUAGUGCUGUAAGUGAGCCCUGCUGAAAAAACAAACAAACAAAAAGACAACAGAAACUCUCAUCGAAUUUGUAAUGGUUUUAUUGGUUAUAAUGGGACUUGCAUCGAUUUUAUUGGGAACUGUAAUGGUCCCUGUGGGUCUCUACUGGUAAUUUGUUGCCUUCUACUGGUGGCAUGUUAUGUCUAGUGGAUUCCAUUAAGGACCAAUAAUGGUAAUGUUUUUAAUGGUUAGCUGAUGGUUUGUAAUCGUAUUUGUAGUGGAAACUGUUAGAAUUUCUGGGGGGUUCAGCAGGGAGGAUAACGCAAUUUGUUAAUAUAUUACAAGGUUUCCAUCACUGUACAUUUUCACAUUUAAUCCUGAUUCGACUAAUUGAAAACCAGGUUACCUUUCAGCUUGGUAGUUUCUGGUAGCAUUGGCCUAACUGGUCAAGCUGGUAGACAAUUGUAUUUUCAGCAUUAUUUUUAAGCUUCCAUAAUACUGACUCUUUCAGCUACCUUAUUAUUCAAUAAAUGUUAGAGAUUUUCUGCUUUACUGUCACAUUAUAUUCUUAAAAUAACUUGUCUGUGAUGUACCAUUAGUACUAGUAAUUCUGAAACUAUUUUCUUACUAGCAUUUACCAGCUGGCAAAGAGGGCCUACCACAUUGUCUUGCUUAGCCUGUGUUUUGAGAGCUAGUAGCUGCACACCAAACUGUGCAGUGUUUUUUAUUUUUUCCCCCUCAAUAGUAUUGUCAACUAUCUUUUGAGAAAUAAGUGACAUUGGAACAGUGAAUUGGAGUUCCAUGACAUAAACAUAGACAGA